CCCCUUUCCUCCCCUCCCGGCCGGGGCGGUCCCGCGAGCAGCCGUCGGCGGGCAGGGCCCUCCCGGCACCGCCAACAUGGAGCCGCCGGGGGGACGCGCAGCCCGCCUGGCCCUCGGCCUGGCGCUGCUCUGCUCCGCGCUGCGAGCGGCCGAGGCGGCGCCGGCCGGCCCGGGGCCCCAAUCUCGCUGUGGGACAGUUCUGGCAUGUAUCUGAUCUGCAUUUAGAUCCAACUUACCACAUCACCCCUGAUCGCACCAAAGUUUGUUCUUCUUCCAAAGGAGCCAAUGCCUCUAACCCAGGCCCUUUUGGAGACUUUUUGUGUGAUUCUCCAUAUCAACUUAUUUUGUCAGCAUUUACAUUCAUGAAGGAUUCAAGGCAGCAGGCGUCAUUCAUGAUUUGGACUGGAGAUAGCCCUCCACAUGUUCCAGUGAAAGAACUCUCGACAAAACUCGUCAUUAACAUCAUUGGUAAUAUGAGUUCUACAAUUCAAAGUUUCUUUCCAGAUCUUCAGGUUUUCCCAGCCUUGGGAAAUCAUGAUUACUGGCCACAGGAUCAGCUUCCUGUAACCACCAGUGAAGUUUACAAUGCUGUAGCAGAUUUCUGGAAGCCUUGGCUAACUGAUGAAGCAAUCAGUACCUUCAGAAAAGGUGGCUUCUACACACAGCUGUUUGAAUCAAGCGUUGGCUCUCAACCACUCAGGAUAAUCAGUUUGAACACAAACUUAUAUUACAGCCCAAAUAGCGUGACUGUGAAUAUCACAGACCCAGCCAACCAGUUGGCCUGGCUGGAGGGAAUAUUGGAAGCGUCUUCACAAAAGCAGGAAAAGGUGUAUAUAAUAGGACAUGUACCAGUAGGAUACUUGCCAUAUGCGAGGAAUACUACAGCUAUCAGGGAGUAUUACAAUGAGAGACUAGUGAAGAUUUUUCGCAAAUACAGUAGUGUUAUUGCUGGGCAGUUUUUUGGCCACACACAUAGAGAUAGUAUCAUGGUCCUCCUGGAUGAAGAAGAAAAGCCAGUAAAUUCCUUGUUUGUGGCACCUGCUGUAACCCCAGUGAAGAAUGUAUGGCAAAUGGAGUCCAAUAACCCGGGUGUCAGAUUCUAUCAAUAUGAUCUUCUCGAUUAUAGCUUGCUGGAUCUUUGGCAGUUUUACUUGGAUCUCAGAGACGCCAACAAGAAAAAUGAAUCGGACUGGAAAUUAGAAUACAUCCUGACUAAAGCUUAUGGUAUUGAAGACUUGAAGCCCGAAAGCUUAUAUGAAAUGGCCAAGCAGUUGUCUGUGCCACACAGCAAGCUGUUUGAGCAGUAUUACAAUAACUUCAUUGUGAGUUAUGACAAAACCAUUGUCUGUGAAGAGGGGUGCAAGACCUGCCAAAUAUGUGCAAUGCAAUAUCUGGAUUAUUCCUCAUACACAGAUUGUAUCAAUCAGGAAGCAAUGUGGAGAUGAGAAGUCUCUACUACAAUGUAUGUUAAUAUUAACUUGAGCCUUUGAUUUAAAAAAUCUGAUCAUCCUCUUGCUCAAGCACUGACAUGCUGCCAGGGAACCUGUGGGACUUGCCUGAAUUUCAGGGGAAUAAUAAAUCUCCCUAGAUUUUUCUUCCUUUAAGCAUAUUUUCCUUCCACAUCUAAAUAAAAGUUUAUUGGCUGUGUAAUAGUGGCCAGAUAUUUUGCUGUUGUUUCAAGUGUACUGUGCCCCCCUGUAACAGGCAUCAGAAUGUAUGAGAAAAGAAGUUACUCAGUUCUUUGGAAAUCCAAGUCUCUUAUCAGGGUGUAUAAAUGUAGGCAAUGCCAUUUCAGGCAUGGGAAUUGUAUGGGAGUGGAUUUCAGCCAUCCGCUGCUGUGAUUUACAAAGUGAAGCCUGUAGAACCUCUGUUUGCUGAGGCUGGAGUGCAGUUACCUUGUUGAUGUGAUGCCAGUAUUGGGCAUCUCUGUCCCUGUGCUGAGUUUCCUUUUCUUUCUUAUCCUCUUAAAUUCACCUCUGUUCAGGGGCAUAUUUUAAUGACAGCAUGAAUGUGAUAAUGGAUCACAAACCUCCAACCUGAAAAUACUUGAAAGUACUCAGUACACCUGAGUGUACUUUGUGAUUAUCCAUCACCAAGUGCUUCUUUCCUAUGAUAGGCCUGUGUUUAUUGGUGCUGCUAUCAAGCAGUCAGCUGGCAUGAGAUUUUGCAGCAGACUACAAAUCAGGUUUAAAUUAAUCAACAUCAAUAAUUAGACAUAGCUAAUGUGCAAUACAGGCAAACAUGCACUAACCAUGGUAUGUCUUGGGUUUCUCAGGUUUCUGUGUUUCACAGAGCAGUUGGGCACUUAAUGCAAAGCUUAUCACAUGUAUCAAUUUACAAGUGCACAAACCACUUCUUGGGACUGUGUGCACAAAAUGAUAUGUCAAGAGGGCAAUUUGUCUAGUGCAUACAACCAAGAAAGAUCUUUACUAUUUUCCUGUCUCAUCAAGAGUCAUACUUUUAGAAACUUUGGUCAAUAUAAUAUCAUACAGACUCUAUUGUAGAAAAUAUAACUCCGGAGUAACUAGACUGUGGCAGUGGUUGAGACAAAUCCAGUUGCAAACUGUUUAUUUUCAUGAGAUUAAAGUCUUUAUUUUAGCUGUUGAGGAAUUUUCUGGUUUUGUUUCCAUCCAAGCUUGAAAUACUUGGAAAAUCUGUCCCCAUAUAUUUCACUAAGUCUAUAGUGUUCAUAAUUGUAGAUGCAGAUACUUCAGAUUUGUCACGCAUCAGUCAUCGGCAGAGGAAAUGGCUGGUUUGGUAAAUUUGCAUUCAGAAGCAAAUCCUCCUGUGGCAACUGUGUUUAGAAAUGCCAUUAAUGAUGCAUAACAGGUAGUUGUACUGUAUUUUCAAUUUUGUUCUCGGAGAAGGUACAUGGGCAUGUAAACUUUUUAGAGACAUCUAUUCUGGCUAAUCUUGGAUGUAUCUGGAUAUGUAAAUAGUGUGAGUUAACAUGGGUUCCAUGCAGACUGUCACUGUGAGGAAGUACAAGAAAGUUUCAGUAGUAUAUGUUGAUGAUUCACUCUUUGUUGGAUGUGUUUAUUGUUUGUUUUUCUCAUGGUUUGGUUCAUUAAAAAAAGCCUGUGUUACCAGUGUCACUUCUCCAAGGGCAAGCAAAGUAACAGAUGGAUAGCAUACAGACAAUUACAGUUGAUUUUGCUUCAAUUUGCCAGAUGGGUUUUGUUCAAUUCAGUUUUGUGCUUUGAACAACUUUCUCUUACUGGUUUGUUUUUGUGAUUUCUCUGACUUAUGUUUAAACUUAAUACCUACAAACCAUCCUGGAAAAGUGCAGUAAGAAUUACCUAGUUACAUACUCCCACUAAAGAUAUUUUUAUUGCUGAAUCUUAGGGAGAACUGAACCAUGUAGCAGAUUAGUUACAGAGCUCUGGUAUGCUGUUUAUGAGUUCUUGGGCUUCUUGCUUCCUAUACUAUUUUUUAUCUCUGUAUAUGUCUGUAACUAUUAUUUAGUGAGCUUAAAAAAAUAAAUGCCUACAAAUAUCUAUUAGCAAUCUA